AGUAUUGAGAGACUGCAGUAGUUAGAGGCUGCAGUACUGAGAGGCUGCAGUAGUGAGCGGCUGCAGUAGUGAGAGGCUGCAGUACUGAGAGGCUGCAGUAGUUAGAGGCUGCAGUUCCGAUUUCUUUUUUGGCCACAAAAAAAUGUCCACAAGAGGUGCACAAUGUGUCCACACGAGGUCGCCAUAAAUUGAAGUAAUUCGUUGAUCAUUGAAAUGCAUUAAUACAACAACAGUGGUCGUAUUGUGUGGUCGUAUUGUUUCAUCGUUGUGGCCGUCUUCAGAUAUUUAAUGGCCAAACGCGUGUCUUAAAAUGGCUAAGAGACCAUGCCACAGCCCAAAGUCAAGUUGGUGGUGACGGGAGAUGAUUUUGGGUAUUGUCCGAAGAGGAACCAGGGUAUAGUGGAUUGUUUCCAAGCUGGGGGCAUUUCCAAUGUGUCAUUAUUGGUUAACGCCUCCGCGGCGGAGGAAGCCGGAGUUCUGGCCAAAAGACACCACAUUCCCAUCGGUCUCCACGCCAACCUCUCUGAAGGAGUGCCAGUUUGCCAGAGUCUCAAGCAGAGAUCCUCCACCCUUCUGAACCAUGAUGGCUUUUUCCUUGGAAAGAUGGGCUUCCGCAAAGCACUACAGAAUGGCCAGCUGAACAUGGCAGAGGUGGAGCUGGAACUCAGGGCACAGGUGAGGCUGUUCGAGGAGCUGAUUGGUCACCUGCCGUGUCACAUGGACGGCCACCAGCAUGUGCAUGUGCUACCAGAGGUGCGGGAGGUGUUUGCACAGGUGCUGUCUGAGUUUGGGAUCCUGUACACACGUGUUCCAGUGGAGGCAGGCCUGCACGCAUGUUCCUGGCUGAGCCCGCCUCUCCAACACUUCUACACUCAGGUUGAGAAGGAUGCACAGGAGGCUGUUCCCGUGUUCCGUCGCCACGGCAUCAGGUGGCCUGACGUGUACCUAGGUCUUACCACCAUGGGCCAGAACAUGUCCCUCCCCAACCUCAAACGGGCCCUGGGCUACGCCAUGGAGGGGCAUCUCUCACCCCUUGUAGGACAUGGGGGCGUGGCCUCCUCCUCCUCCCUCUUCUCUGCGGCCCAGCGGGCCCCGCUGACGGCUGAACUCAUGGUGCAUCCUGGGUACCCCAGCCGCCCGCAGGAGGGAGGCUGUGGGCAGGGCCCCGACGAAUUCUCCUGCUCGGCUGAGCGGCAGCUGGAGCUGAGCACCCUGACCCAGCCACUGCUCCUGGACUUCUACUCCCAGGAGAGGAUCCAGCUGUGUGCCUUCAAGGACCUGUGACCUCCCACAGGCCCACACCUGACCUCCAGCCCCACCCGCCUCUAUGCACCAAACUUGACUUGAUUCCGUCCCGAUGAAGAUGUUUAUGGAGGCAUCAGUUGAUAGUGUAAUCAGUAAGGAGUAAGUUAGGUCCAGUAGGAUAGCACUAGUUCCACUCUAGCCUUCCCCAGUUCUCAGGAACUAGGGAUUGGGUUAGAGGGAUUGACACAUUUACCUGAGCUAAUCUCUUUAGGCCCCUGGGAUUAAAUAGAUUAAGGCAGAUUGGACUCUGCCUGCAGGCUCAUUUUGAGCACAGCACCAUGUUCCAGUAGGCACACAGGCUGUACACAGGCUGUACACAGGCUGCACACAGGCUGCACACAGGCUGCACACAGGCUGCACACAGGCUGCACACAGGCUGCACACAGGCUGCACACAGGCUGUACACAGGCUGCACACAGGCUGUACACAGGCUGCACACGGGCUGCACACAGGCUGCCCACGCUUGUCCCAUAGCACACGGGCUGAAUCUCUGGGGUUUAUUUCCUGCAUCUUGAAAUAAUCUCAUCCCCUCCUGUUUGGCAGCACCAUACAUUUUAAACAUGAAGGAAAGUAAAAUGACAGGAAUCUAGACAGGAUGACCUUUCUGAGAUCAGUGAUGUCAAAUCAAGGGAUAAAGCCAGUGGCGGUUUAUUUGAAUUUGACCUACACUACAAUGUCAUGUGUCGCUCAAAGAAGUAAGGAAACAGUUUGACAGUGGAUAACUGGGCGACCAUAGCCAUGACAAUAAGUUCAUCACUAAAUCUUUAGUGUUUUUAAGGCACAAUACAGGCACAGUCUCUUUAGAUUGAUUUAGCGCAACAGUUGUUUCAUCUCAGGUGAGUACAAAUGAGCACCAAACAACCAAACAAAACCUCAGUUAGCUGCACAUCUUGAUGUCAUCCAGAAGUUCAACUGCCAAAGUUACACAUUCUGGUUAUAACUUAUAUUUUAAUAUGACAUCCUAUAUUGUAACGGAGUGAGAACCGUGAAACUCACUCCUCAGGUAUGUAAGAGGCCCCCCGUGUCAAAGAAGAGAUAGCUUUUCUUUGACAUAGUUGGUAGUGGUCACGCUUGGCAAGUCGGAGGCUGAGCGUUCAAAUCCCGUGAGUGGCGAACUACCUUGUCAGACGGAGCGUGACUACGGCUCUUACAGACCCAUCACAUAUGUUUACAUAACCAUGCAUUAACACUGAUUUGAAUAAUUCUCUUAUAUUUUAUAAAAGAUUGUGUGACAGGAGUAUUUAUACAAUAUCAGUUGUAGCCGUAUGUUUGUUGUAGCCGAGUUUGUAUUAAAUGCAAAACUGGAAGAACUUAUAAUAAUGUUAAUAAAUGUUACAAGUCGAAAGCCUCAA